GGUUCUGGGACAGCUUCAGGGGUACUUAGGAGCAGGGUGUCACUCACCCACUCUGACCUCUGACCUAGGGAGACAAGAAGAGUGGGGGUGGGGUGGGGGAGCUUCAGUAAGAGCCUCCCGCGGGAGCAGGGGUGACCUGGGGAGCAGGGCUGUCGUGGAAACAGAAACUGCAGAUAUGCCUGGCCUGCAGGAAGCAGCCACUUGGUCCGCAGCUGCUUCCUGGCUGGACGGGGUGGGGGCCGCUGUCCAGAAGCCCCUCCCUGCAGUCCCAGCACCUACAUUUCUGGGCGAGGCGCCCCAGCUAGGCCGAGUGACCCAGAGCCGCCGGCUGCCCUCACCCACACUUGGGCCCUCGUGGGUUUGUGGGGACAGGGGCUGCGACUUCCGGCUUUAUCUCACUCUGGACACCCAGCUCCGGAAGCUCGGGUGGGGGUCCAGCGAGGCAGGAAGCCCCAGGAGGGAUCCCAGAACGGCAGAACUCAGCCCGACCAGCAUGCAGGGGCUCCCACUGCUGUGGGCCCUGGGGCUGCAGGGGCUCAGCCUGGCGGGGGGCACGGAGACCCCCAGUAUCUACGACAACGAGGGUGAGGUCGGUAGCCAAGAAAGAGGUAAUGAGAGCACAUGGGGCCCCUCAGGCCAGCCCCGCAGCUUCCCAGGCCUGCUGUCAGCCAACAAGACGGUGGUGAUCCCCAACAGCUCCAAGGCGCUGCUGCUGGGCUGGGUGAUCACCAGCCUGGUGCCCGCCCUCUACGGGCUGGUGCUGGCGGUGGGACUGCCCGCCAACGGGGUGGCACUGUGGGUGCUGGCCACGCGGGUGCCCCGGCUGCCGUCCACGCUGCUGCUCAUGAACCUGGCGGCCGCCGAUCUGCUGCUCGCCGCGGUGCUCAUCUACCACGUGCGGGGCCAGCGCUGGCCCUUCGGCGAGGUCGCCUGUGGCCUGGCCACCGCCGCGCUCUACGGCCACAUGUACGGCUCCGUGCUGCUCCUGGCCGCCGUCAGCCUCGAUCGCUACCUGGCCCUGGUGCACCCUCUGCGCUCCCGCGUCCUCCGGGGCCGCCCUCUGGCCGCCGGGCUGUGCGUCGCCGCCUGGCUCACCGCGGCCACCCUGGCGCUGCCCCUGGCCCUGCAGCAGCAGACCUUCCGGCUGGCGGACUCCGAUCGGAUUCUCUGCCACGACGUGCUGCCCCUGGACGCCCAGGCCUCCUACUGGAGGCCGGCCUUCACCUGCCUGGCCCUGCUGGGCUGCUUCCUGCCGCUGCUGGCCAUGGCGCUGUGCUACGGCGCCACCCUGCGCGCGCUGGCGGCCGGCGGCCAGCGCUACGGCCACGCGCUGCGGCUCACGGCGCUGGUGCUGGCCUCGGCCGUGGGGUUCUUCGCGCCCAGCAACGUGCUGCUGCUCCUGCACUACUCCAACCCCAGCCCGGAAGCCUGGGGCGACCUGUACGGCGCCUACGUGCCCAGCCUGGCGCUCAGCACGCUCAACAGCUGCGUGGACCCGUUCGUGUACUACUACGUGUCGGCCGAGUUCAGGGACAAGGUGCGGGCAGCGCUCUGUGGCCGACCGCCAGGGGGCGCCACGGCCUCCAAGACGUCCGGGGAAGCGCGCACGCGCUCGUCCUCGCUCCUGUGACCGCCCCUGGGUGGGGGGGGAGGGGCGCGAAAGGGGUCGUGUUUGCACUUGUGGGGGGGAAACAAGGGCCUCCUCCCAUUCGUGACCUUCCCAGGAAGGCCAGAACAGGACCUGACUUGGAAAUAGGCAUCUUUAUUUUUUUUUUUCCUUUUGGAGAGGUUUUGUUUUUGUUUUUGCUAUAGGGCCCAUGGGUCAGAGAGAGACAAGAGACAGAGAGAAAGCGAGAUGGCCACGCCGCAAUCCCUU